AGGUUGUUUACACAGUCCGUUAUGCUUUCUUCACUCAUAUCUCUUUUCAUUUUCAUUUAGUCACAUCUUUCUUUCAUUCUCUUCUUCUCCUUCCAUAUUUUCUCAAUUCUUUUGCUCAUAGAUUCCAAUGGCUCUGCAAAUCAACGAAGGAGGCUCUUCUUCUUCCACUGCCCGAUACAAGUACGACGUUUUCUUGAGCUUUAGAGGUGAAGAUACUCGUUAUAAUUUUACUAGUCAUUUAUAUAAGGCUUUAUGUGACAAAGGUUUUAACACCUUUAUUGAUGAUGAUAAUCUUCAAAAAGGAGAAGCAAUUGCAACAGAGCUUCCCAAAGAGAUAGAAUUGUCAAUGAUUUCGAUUGUUGUAUUUUCUGAAAAUUAUGCAUCUUCAACUUGGUGUUUGAAGGAAGUUGUCAAAAUUCUUGAGUGUAAGGAUCUUGGCCAAUUAGUUCUACCUGUUUUUUACAAAAUAAAUCCAUCAGAAGUACGAAAACAAGGGGGAAAGUUUGGGUUUGCACUAACUAAACAUGAAGAAAAAGAAAACAGAGAUAAGGUUCAGAGUUGGAGGGCAGCUUUAACCAAAGCAGCUGGUUUGGCUGGAUUCUCUUACGAGAAUGGUUGCUUUGAAUCUGAAGCUCAGUUUAUCAAAAAAAUUGUAGAAGAGAUAUCAAGUACCACAUCAAAUCGGACACAACUAUUUGUCGCUAAAUAUCCAGUUGGAAUAGAUUCUCAUGUGGAGGAGAUAGAAUUGCUUUUGGAUACAAAGUCAAAUGGUGUUCGCAUGCUAGGGAUUCAUGGUCUUGGGGGAGUAGGUAAAACUACAAUUGCAAAAGCUGUUUAUAAUAGAAUUUUUGAUCGUUUUGAUAGGAGCUGCUUUCUAGAGAAUGUUAGAGAAAGGUCACAAACAACCAAUGACAAAGUUCAACUACAAAAGACACUUCUUAAUUUAAAGGUGGACAAUGUUCCCAAAGGAAUUGAAGUGAUAAAGGAUAGGCUUUGUCAUACAAGGCUUCUUUUAAUUCUUGAUGACGUGGAUAAAUCGGAACAGAUAGAAAAUUUGCUUGGAAGAUGUGAUUGGUUUAGUUCAAGAAGUAGAAUUAUUAUAACAACAAGAGACAUGCAAGUGCUAACCACUCUUGGAAAAGCUCAUCAACUUUAUGAGAUUAAGGAAUUGAAUCAACGUGAAGCUUAUGAACUCUUCAGCCUACACGCCUUCCAAAUGAAUAAACCAAGGGAAGACUAUUUAGAAGUUGCAAAGCAAAUUGUAUAUUAUGCCAAUGGUCUUCCAUUAGCACUAACAAUAAUAGGUUCUGAUUUGUGCGGAAAAAGUAUAGAUAAAUGGAAAAUUGCAUUAGAUAAGUACAAAAGCAUUCCUCACAAAAAAAUUCAAGAAAAGCUCAAAAUAAGUUAUGAUGGAUUGGAAGAAACUGAAAAGGAUAUUUUUCUCCAUGUUGCUUGUUUUUUCAAGGGAUUCAAGAAGGAAUAUGUUACAAAUAUACUAGAAACUUGCAAUUUAUAUCCACGUGAUGGUAUUUGCAAACUUAUCGAUAAGUGUCUCAUAACUGUUGAUCAAAUUGGCAUAUUGUCAAUGCAUGACUUGUUACAACAAAUGGGCAAGCAAAUUGUUCAACAAGAAUCUAAAAACCCUGAAGAACGUAGCAGGAUAUGGCGUUAUGAGGAUGCUUAUGAAGUGCUAACUGAAAAUAUGGGGACUGAUAAAAUUCAAGCAAUGAUAUUGCGCUCACCAAAACCAGUAGAGAUGGAAUUGCAGGGUGAACCUUUUGCAAGGAUGAAAAAUCUUAAAUUUCUUUUUGUUGAAAAUGUACACAUUUUUUGUGAAGAAUUUCAAUAUCUCCCUAAUGGGUUACGGAUACUUGAAUGGCAUAAAUUUCCUUUUUCCUGGCCAUCUAAAUAUCGUCCUCAAAAGCUUGUUACACUCAACAUGAGUUGGAGGAGUGGCAUUAGAAUGGAGAAAAUAUUCAAGCAGGGUUUCCAAUUUAAUAUUUUAAAACAUAUGAAACUUGAGAGUGACACCAUUACAGAAUUACCCAAAUUGUGUGCCCCAAACCUAGAGACGUUGGACCUCUCUUCUUGUGGUGAAUUAGUUACGGUUCAUGAAUUGUGUGCCCCAAACCUAGUGAAAUUGAUCCUUGAUUGUUGUUAUAAAUUAGUUACGGUUCAUGAGUCCGUUGGAGUUCUUGAUAGGCUACAAUUCUGGGAGCUCCAAAACUGUGUGAGUCUUCAAAAUCUUCCAAACAACCUCAGGUUGAAAUCGCUCGAAGAAUUUCAUCUUGAAUAUUGCUCUAUGCUUGAGAAAUUCCCCAAUAUUCUUCAUCAAGAAAUGAAACAUUUAAAGAUGUUAGAUUUAUCUGGGAGUGGCAUCAGAGAGUUGCCUUCAUCAAUCGGGUAUCUUACUCAGCUUACUGUCUUACAAUUAGAUUUUUGCCACAACCUGAGGGAUCUUCCAGACAGCAUCAGGUAUCUUACUCAGCUUAUUGAAUUAAAUUUAUAUGGUUGCCACAACCUGAGGUAUCUUCCAGACAGCAUCGGGUAUCUUACUCAGCUUACUUAUUUACGAUUAGAUGGUUGCCACAACCUGAGGGAUCUUCCAGACAGCAUCGGGUAUCUUACUCAGCUUACUUCUUUAGAUUUAGAUGGUUGCCACAACCUGAGGGAUCUUCCAGACAGCAUCGGGUAUCUUACUCAGCUUACUUAUUUACGAUUAGAUGGUUGCCACAACCUGAGGGAUCUUCCAGACAGCAUCGGGUAUCUUACUCAGCUUACUUUUUUAGAUUUAGAUGGUUGCCACAACCUGAGGGAUCUUCCAGACAGCAUCAGGUAUCUUACUCAGCUUACUUGGUUAGAUUUAUCUGAUUGCCACAACCUGAGGGAUCUUCCAGACAGCAUCUACAAAUUGCAAAUGCUUGAGCACUUCUCUUUUGACAGUGCCAAAUUGAGACCACCGUGUAAUUCUUUUGAUGGACUUUCGGAAUAUGGGUUUCGAAGGUUAUGGGAACUGGGAUUCGGUGGAUGUGGAAUCAAAUUAGAAUUUUUGAUGAAGCCCAAUUACUUUCCCGUAUUGAGCCGUCUAGAUCUAUCUGGCAGUGAUAUUGUUAGCAUCCCUGAAAGCCUAAACAGAUUUACUACGUUAGAAAUCCUUCAUAUACGCAAUUGCCAGCAGCUACGACAAAUUUUUGGGCUUCCACAAUUUAUAAGAAUGUUAGAUGCAAGUCACUGUACGUCAUUAGAUGCGCAAUCCUCAAGCAGAUUAUUGAAUCAGAUUGGAGAAAUUGUAUGUGAAGGAGAAAAAAGCUACAUAUAUGUGUAUCCAAGGUGGUUGAAUCCCAAGCUUCAAAGUAGGGAUUUGUUCCAUCAGGAUAGUAACGAUUAUCGUAUUUAUAAGCUACCGUAUACAGAGAUUCCAAGGUGGUUGAAUUCCAAGCAUCAAAGUGUUGGAAAUUCCAAGGUGGUUGAAUUCCGUGUUGGUCGCGAAUUUCCAAAUGUUUUUGCCGUCUAUUUCGCUUUUGGACUGGGGCCGCAAUUAUCCUCCUAUCCUGUUUAUUUAAAUGUUUACCUCUCCAUUAAUGGUUUUGAAAAAGUUGAGAUUAUUUGCUUUAGCCUAGAUCGGGAUUCUGAUGAUACAUUGGGGAUAUCUUCUAGAUCACAUCUCAAAUUGCAGAAGCUGUUGGAUGAAUCAAAUCCAUCUGAUUACAAUCACGUUGAGGUUACAUAUGAAUGGGCCAAAGAGACAGAUCGCAACAACCCUCCUUGUGAGAUUAGAAGGUGGGGGGUCAAAGUAGAAUGUAUCUGUUGUCCUCAAAUGAUGGCCCUUACCCUGGAUGACAAUGAUUCUGACUCCGAUCUGAAUCUACCAUUAAAGAAGAGGAGAAAAUAUUGAUUGAAUUCGGGAAAUAUAUAUAUGCCAAGGAUACACCAGAGCAUAUGACUAUAAGUUUUUGUCUGUAUGAAGAAGUAGAGAGUUUAAUCAAGCAUAUAAUGGAGAUGGGGUUACUAUAAUUGUUAUGAGGAGUUUGAUAUGGGUUCAUCUUCAAUGGGACUUACUUUGUUGACAAUGAUUCUGACUCCAAUCUGACUUCACCAUCAAAAAAGAGCAGAACAUAAUAUAUGGAUUUGAAAGAAAUAUGCCUCCAUCUGAGCAUAGCCUUGAAACUAUUCUCUCCUUUGUUGUUUCCGUUUGAGUGUUUGACUUCUUUUGCAUUUUAUGACAAGGCUAUGGUAGCAUAGGUUUAGCACUAGUUUCAACUUGGAAGAAUUUCCAUGCAAGGAGUCAAAGAUUCUAGUUUCCUGUCAAGUUUUACUGUUGCAAUUAUGCAAGCAUUGUCCACUGUGAUACAGAAGUCUUCAAGCUUCAGCUAAUAAUUUUUCUGGUUCCACAGUUCUUAACCUCUUACUGAGCCAGGGAGUUGGUCCUUUUAUGUUAAGAAUUGCAAUAUAAUUUUGCAAGUUUGUCUCACUCUCUGCCCCCCGGGCUCUUGGACCCUGAGUGUUUCAUGCUCUUGAGUUUUCUAUUUGCAGAAGCUCCUCAAUGCUUGAUGUAAUCUUCCAUUGAAAUUCCCAAGUUAGAUGAAUUGUCUGAUGGUUCAGUUGAGAACUCUACUACUCCAUCAAGGGCACCUAAAUUUGCUACCAGAAAAUUUAUGGCCACUGAUUCUAUUCUUUAUGGCAGAUAACUCGAGGAAUUUGUUGAGCUUGAGGGCUUUGGACUGAAACCGAGCAGCAGUUCCCAAGUAGAGCCAUGCUUGACUCAUGUUUACAGUGGGUCGUAGCAUUGGAAAGGAGAAAUAAUUUUGUAAUUAUAGGGGUUGGAAAAAACAGAAUGAGUCAUCUUUAGUUUUUGUUGUAGUUAGAUUAUGAUUUUGUCAAUUGAUAGCUAAUUAUGAUUUUAGGCCAGUUGAAUAUAAAACUACCCUGAUUUUAGUCAAUUGAUAACUAAUGUAGUUGUAGUCUAUCAUAAUAUAAGCUUCCACAAAUUCAAUGACA